GCUAAAUAUUCCCUUUUCUUCGAAGACUCCGAUGGAAUCCCCAGAUGAAGCCGACUAUUUCCCUCCACUACCUCCUAGAAUGUUCGCUGCUGGUCAAGAACCAGUGGGAAUAAGAGUAACCCCAUACCACAAAGCCUCGUGUAUUACAAAAAUUCUUAACGCCCUCGAUGAAGACGAAAUUGAGGCUAUUAGGAUCUCUCCGUUCGGAAAACUCGUUGAGAUUGCCGAGAAACCACCGUUCUCCGGCCGUUUAUGUCGAUUCCUUAUCUCAAGACAACUGAAAGUCAUGAAGAAGCACGAAGCGUGGUUUUUAUUCGCCGGCAAACCCGUAAGAUUCUCUAUUAGAGAAUUUGCUCUAGUAACGGGGCUCAACUGCCACAAAUACCCACCACACGAGAAGAAGAAGAGCAAGAAGCCCCUAUUGGAAAAGCCAUAUUGGGGUGAGCUUUUUGGAGCCAUGGACGAAGUACCUGUCAGCUAUGUAAUUCGGAUACUCCAGAAGAAAACAGUCACCGACCCGGAAACGAGGAUGAAGUACGCAUUUCUAGCAUUGCUUUCUUCUGUUUUGCUGCCUACAUCACACAAUCCCCGGAUCUCACAUCUACAUGUCGAGAUGAUUAAAAAUCUUGAGAAUUUCUUAUCGUAUCCGUGGGGCCGUAUUUCUUUUGAGCUGCUAAUGAGCAGUAUAAAAGAGAGAGAUGAAGUUUCAUUAUCUCAGAAUACUAUCGCUCUCAAAGGGUUUGUUCUAGCGCUUCAGCUUGUUUUGAUUGAAGCUGUUCCUUCAAUCACAGAAGUGGUUCAGGAUGGGGGCUCCUCUGGUUCCGAAGAGGACUCGAUAGAUGAUGACAACCCCGGGGAUGAUGCGUCUAAGGCGAAGAAGAAUAUCAAUCCAGGGCAUGUCCGUGAGAUUGAUGCCGCUGCGAAGGUUCCCGUCCGUUACCUCGUCUCAGUUGGAGCAGGACCAAAUAAUGCCCCUCCUGAGUUUGGUUCGUCCGACGAUGAAGAAGACGUUUUGGUGGACAAUCUUCUUAAUCGUAUUCAUAACGGGUUUUCCUUCUCUAAUUCAAAUUUUACUGGAGGAAUGUCCAAAACCGAUGUUAAUAUAAUGCGUGAAGAAGCCAAAAAAGUCAACAACCCCAGGAAAACCUCCAAAGUUAAGCCCAAGCAAUCGGAUGGACCCAUUUUUGAUGCUGAGUAUGUUGCAAAUGCUGUUAAAAAUAAUGUCGCUGAGCAUUUGUCGCGCAUUCAGCAACAAGUUCAAGAUGUCGGUGUGACCUUUACGAAGUCGCAAACUCUUUUGCAAACCAACAUACAAGUCUCCCUCGACAACUUUCUUAGGGAGAUCCUCAAGGUGAUUAAACCUUCCUGCACGGACCCCAGGCCAACUCCAGCUAACACCCCGCCACCUGCGAUGCCACUUAACAGGACCACACCGGUUGUCUGCACCACUCAUGUCGAUGCGUGUAACAUAAUCAAGAAUGCCAUGCGGUUUGCUAACCAGGAAACAUGACAAAGUAGCAAAGUACCCAUGGGUGACGAUCACGAGGCUGGAGAACAACACAUUGCCGUUGGUAACCCAAAUCUGUCUGUAGAAGACAUAGUAAGAUAUAUGUUUUUUUUACUUUAUUCACCUUAGAUGUUCCGAACCAAAGGUUUGUGGUGUAGAGAGUCUCACAGUCAUGUAGCCGUUAUUAAUUUCUGAUAGCGCGAAGAUUUUGUGUAACUGUGUAUUACUUGCAUAAGCACAAUACAAGUGUGCUUGGCCGGCUAAACACUUUUGUUGAUUUCCCCGUUGUAGAAGACAUUGUUAGCUUUGGUGAUUUCCCUUACGUUUCCAUGGCCGGAUAAGCACUUUGUUGAUUUCCCUUA